AUGACGACAAUUCUCAAAACGCGCUCCUUGGGCGACAUCCGAGGAAUCAAAUAUGCCAAUCUCAAGGAUCGAUUUGCGGAUGCUGAGCUGAUUGAAGAACGGAAGGGUGACAUCCUCGAUGCCUUGACCGAUGGGCCUACGGCGCUGUCCCUGCCAGUUGGGUGUGAGAUAGAGCUUGGACACGUCCAGCAUUCAUUGCCUGGAAAGGAAUUAACGCAAUCCGACAUCGAUUGCCUCAAUCUGAACAUCGCAUGUCCCUCAGAUGCCAGCUCGUCGUCGAAACUUCCUGUGCUUGUCUACAUUCAUGGCGGUGGCCUCUUUAUUGGGGCCAACUCCUGGCCUCAAAAUGAUCUUUAUCGACUGGUCAAGCUGUCCACCGAGAAGAGACUACCUGUAGUGGUCGUUGCCAUCAAUUAUCGAUUGGGAGCGCCAGGCUUUUUGACAUCCGAGGAGCUACGUAACGCGGGUUACCACGCGAAUAAUGGACUCCGAGACCAGCGCGUGGCUCUAGAGUGGGUUCGAAGGCACAUAGCGGACUUUUCCGGAGAUCCAGACAACAUUACUGUAGCAGGAAUGAGCGCGGGAGGAGCAUCGGUGACUUACCAUCUUCAGUCCAAAGUUCCACUCUUCAAGCGGGCAAUAUCGAUGAGUGGCACGUCAUUAUUCGUUCAGGCUCUGCCGUUUAACGUACACGAGGAAAACUAUGCAAAUGCAAUUGCCGCUUUGGGAUUAACGGACCUGACCGCAGAAGACCGGUUAAAGGCAUUGUUGAACAUGCCAAGUCAUGAGCUUCUCGCCAAGCUCCCUCCAUCAAUUUUGGUGGCUCCAGCCAUUGAUAGCGAAAUCGUUCUGCCGGGCGUGACAUACACCGAGCUUGGAAAAAAGGACUCAAAUGUUCUCCCAGGCAAUUCAUGGUGCCAGGAUUUGCUGAUCGGAGAUGCGGAAGCUGACGCCAGCAUACUGCAGGUGGUGGCACCGCACAUCAACACCAACACAGAACGCAUACUCAAUGCUUACGGAAUUACGAUGGACACGCCCGACGAGAAGUCGAUUUUCUUAAUCCUCAACUUCAUCUCAGAUAUCAUGUGCCACGCAGCUGCCCUCAGCUUUGUCCGUGGUUGGAGCGGAAAUGCCUAUGUGUACCACUUCAACGAGGGCAAUCCAUGGGAUGGACCAUGGAAAGGUCGCGCAAACCACAUUCUUGACACUGCCUAUCUCUUUCAGAAUUUCAUUGAAUAUUUGAGCCCGGAGCAGCGAGCUGUUGGACUUGCGCUUGCGGAGGACUUCUUCAAGUUCUGUCACGGGAUCAAGCCAUGGCCUACUAUCACUCCUGGAAAUAUCCGUGACGGGUUCUCCGCUCGGGUCUACGGACCUAGCGACAAAGGAAUGAUUUCUCGCGUAGCGACGGAGGCUUUUGGAGGUGUCAGUAUGCGCAGAGGUAUUCUAUUUGACUCUGCUGAUUCGGUGUCACUGGAUGAAUAUGCAAGGGUCUUUGCGAUCUUCAUGACUAGCUAA